CUUUUCCUCUUGGGGCCAUUCACAUCAGCUUCAUCAUCCUCUUAACCGUGUUCACACCACCCACAUAUAUAUAACCUUUCUUUUACUUUCUCGUCAUUUCUUUCUCCUCCAUAACCCCCCAAACAAAACCCAUCUUUUUCCUCGUAAUCUUCUAACAACUCCUUCUAGAAAACUUGAAGAAGGGUCAGAUUUGAUUCGUUCAAUUUGAAUGGAGGGUCAUCACCAUCUACAUCUGCAGCAGCAGCAGCAGCAUCUUCUUCCUCAUCAGAACAUCAUCACUAACGUGGAUGUGACUGAUAGGUUCCCUCAAUGGAGCAUCGCAGAGACCAAGGAGUUCCUGGUGAUGAGAGCAGAGCUGGAUCAGGCUUUCAUGGAGACUAAAAGGAACAAGCAGUUGUGGGAUGUUAUUUCCACCAACAUGAAGGAAAAGGGUUACCAUAGAAGUGCAGAUCAAUGCAAGUGCAAGUGGAAAAACCUUGUAACCCGCUACAAGGGAUGUGAAACAAUGGAGCAAGAAGCAGGGAGACAGCAAUUCCCAUUUUACAAUGAGCUCCAAGCAACAUUCAAUGCAAGGAUGCAGAGAAUGAUGUGGGCGGAAGCUGAAGCUGCAGGUUCAAAGAAGAAGGCUGUGGAGCUCUCAUCGGAUGACGAAGACGAUGUUAAUGAAGAGAGUGCUGAAGCAGACCACCAGAAGGCCGGUAACCGAAGAAAGAAGAAGAAGGCUAAGGUGGCUUGUGGAAGUGGUGGUUUGAACAAUUUGAAGGAGAUUCUGGAGGAGUUCAUGAGACAACAGAUGCAGAUAGAAGCGCAGUGGAUGGAAGCGUUCGAGUCGAGGGAGAACGAGAGGAGAUUGAAGGAGAUGGAGUGGAGGCAGCAAAUGGAAGUCUUGAAGAAUCAGAGGAUAAUGAUGGACCAAAGAUGGAGAGAAAGGGAGGAGCAAAGGAGGAUUAGAGAAGAAGCUAGAGCUGAGAAGAGGGAUGCUCUAAUCACAGCUCUUCUAAACAAGCUAGAAAGGGAAGAAAUGUAGACUUAAGGUUAUAUAUAUAUGGUCAUAGUAGAGGUUACAUCACAUAUAUUGUUUGAAAUUAUGGAAAUUACAAAGUAAAUGUGACUGAAACAGCUAGAAUUAGGAUUGCAACAUGGUUGCUGACUUUUCUAAAAUCUUUGUGAUGUAUUGUGGAUGCAAUUGUGAUUGUGUUGACUGUAAUAUUUUAAGGCCUUACAUGUAGUGAAGGUAACUUGCUACUUUUUUUGGCGUACGUUUCUUAUUCUCAUAUGAAAGGAAUUUUAAAUUUCUAGAGGUUUUUAUACUUGGAA